AUGUACGACGUUCUGUGGGUGACCCCGCAGGAUAGUCCGUUGCAUGAUUUCCGGGCUAUUGCCAUGGGCAGUGCUGAUGCAAACUUUGAGGUCUGGCAAGGAGGCAAGGCUGAACAGAUUCAGAGAUGGGUCCAGGCUGACAGGGCUAUUGUUGCAGCUCAUCAUCACGUAUCUGGCUUCAGUGGUAUCUUUACAUUGAAGCACACCAUCGAUCGUUUUCCCCAGGCUGAGUUCUACCAGAAUCUGCAAAGCCCCGAGUUGCAUUGGUUGCAUGUUGGGUUGGCAGCCAUGGUUGGAGAGUCUGCAGCAGAUCCUGCGCAAUUGUGUUCAAGGGCAGAAUGGCAGUGCAAGAACUUCACCUGGCAGUCCCCAUCCUGCCGACAUGAUCCGACUCAUUGCGUGGGCCAAGUCUUGCAUGAAUACUCCCACUACACGCAAGGCAUACUCGAACAGCAGAUUGCGAACAACAAUUUGUCACUUUCGGUGGCCUACCUCACCUCCACCUCAAAGGAGGCUCAGAUUUGGGAAGCCUAUGCUUCAAGGCGUGACCUUCUCUUCCAGCACUACUAUCCUUCAGCGGGGGUUGAGGGGGUACCAGCAAGCAACCUCGUGCCAGUCCAGUUUCCACCCGCGAAGUAUGGCUGCAACACCACGCAAAGCAUGGUCCCCAACGGCCGCUUUGCAUGCCACCUGGAGGGGCAGCCCCUCAUCAGCCUGAUAUCGCCGGCCUUGCAGGCAUCCCCGGAAGCCGCAUACUUUGCCGCUCAUUUCAGCCUGGACAAGGAGGACUAUGAGAAGCUGUUUCAGGCCUGGAAGGAUGUGGGCUCCGACCCGCAAAGAGCCGCUUGCAAGUGGCUGAAGGAAGCUGGCAAAUCCAGGUGGGGUCGCUGGAUCAGGUUCAUGCGGCCCGUACGGAUGAUCCAGGAGUUCCCUCCCACAAACGGCUGCUUUCCAACGUGCUACACCUUCUUGCUCCUCACGCUGGGCACUGCCUUUAUCUUCAGGAAGCCCGACUUUCCCGAGAAGGUAACACGGCGGCUGCGUAGGCUUGCAGCUCCCCGCGAAUCGGAGCUUGAUGCCUCACACUUCCAUGACUUGGAGAAAGCCGUGCAGGAUCAGGCGUCCUUCUUGCCAGCAGCUUUCCCCUCCAAAUGGGCUCUUUGCAGCCGCAUGGAGUUUGUUCAGGUAAAGAUGGCCUUGCUCAGAGAGAUGAGUUUCCGAAGCUUCCUCCGGGAUGAGCACAAUUUCUGCAGGGCGAACGGGGAGGCAACCAUUCCGCCACCUGCGUACUCUGGCUACCGCCAGUAUUGUCACACGCCAGGUGAGGUGUUGGUCUACUUCUUGACUUCAGGUCUUGUUCGCAUGUCACUGUCUGCCAUCACCUAUGCUUGCGCUACUGGAGUAGUCGGGGCGCUGUUGGCGGAAGUGCGGAGCACCAUCGAGAGGAACAAACAGCUAGAUCCACUUAUGGACGCAGAGGGCUGGUACGAAUUGUUUCUUGCAAACUUGCAAAGAGUGACAGGUAUCAUGGAUGAGUUCAAAUUCCUUCCGACCUUCUUCAUCACUUACAUGAUUGGGCAGGACGUGUCUCGCUGGUUGCAGUGGCUUCGGACCAUGUUCAGCGUGCAAGGCAGAUUGCACGAUGUCACAUUGGUUGUGGCCAGCUCGUACAGGAAGUUGAAUGAUCCGGCUGCUGGCAAGGUGCAGCGCCAGAGAUUGUUCAGGUGGUACAGAUACUUGAAUUCGAUUCACUACCUGGCCUACUUCAAGCUCGACUCCCGGGUGGGAAGAUCUCCAGAGCAAGUUGUCUUAGAGCUUCGCUCGGUGGGUCUUCUCACGGAUGCGGAGGGUCAGCAGCUUCUCUUUGCGAGCACAAAGCUUCGGGACACGCUCGUGUCCUGGCUUGGUACACUUUGGCACGCAGACCUUGAGUGCGAUUCGGUGCAGGCUGCAGAUACUGAGACCUUCAUGCGGAAGAUAUGCGAUUUGCGCAGCAUCCUGGCAUCCCUUGCUGACAUGCCUGACAUGCAAACGAGCCAGCUGAUGAGAGUCAUGAUGAUUGUGGUCACGAACAUCCUGCUCGCUCUGGCCUUGGUGGGCUAUCCAACAAAGAUGUACGCUGAGACGGAGCAGUGCUUUCAGUUCUGGCCUUUAGUGGCCUCGUGUCUCUACUUCAUUUGCUUCAGGGGCAUGCUGCGGGUCAUGUUCGUGUUGGAUAAAGGCCCUUUCUUUCCCAAUGGGGACUGCGUCAACGUGGACGCUCUGCUGGUAGACAAGGAGAACGAGCCGCUGUGGUCUCAGAAUUUGAGCGGUGCCGUGGCUUGUGCUUCACGUGAUGAUGCGUUUGCACAAGGCUUGGCUCAGCACGGCCGCCGCCAGAGUGUCUGCCCGCACCUCACAUCCAAUGCGUCCCUGAACCGGCUUAGCAGCACCGCAUUAGCCAAGUACGAGACACAUGCCACAGGGAUGCCGCCUGUGUUGCCUGGCCUCAUCGCUCCAACACCUCCCACCUCAACGGUGCUUGCUGGGCUAACGCAGUGGCAGCCUGCUUGGUGGCGCUGCAUCUGCGAGGUCCAGCGGACAUCAGCCUGUUCGGCCAGCAGCAGCGGCAUGGUUCACACGCCCAAUGCUUCUGCAAACAGCGUGAUGCGCUGUCACUGUGCUCCACAACCCUUCGGGCCCAGCCUUGCGCGGCCGGCACGCGGAGCCAGCGGCGUUAGCCGCGCCUGGGGCUGGACGAGGCGCCGCGUCGAAGUUUGCGAGUCGGCAUUACAGCGCUUCCUCACUUCGGCCGCCAAGACGCGGCCGACCAUGGACGCGGGGAGCAUGAAGUUGUUCCCAAUCCGCAUCUUGUCGCGCAUCGCGGCCGCGCAGAUUUUCCAUGAGGGUGGCCCAGACAGCGUCAUCAUGGCCGCCUGCAGGUCAAGUCAGGUAAGGUCAGCACAUGGCCGCAUGCACAUGUUGAUAUUCGCGCUGAUGGCGCAUUCCGGAUCAGUUGUUGUGUAUGCGGCCACGCGACGUGGAUUGCCCCACGACGAGGCCACGCUGCGCCACCAUGACUGUGCGAGGGUCAAAGGUGGGGUGGUUUGGGGUAAUCAAUCAGCAUUUAUGCAUCGAUAUGCAUCGAUCAAUCAGCGGCCGCAUCAGCAGCCAUGCUGGCCACCUCCACCUGACCGUGCUCGUGUGAUGAGAGGGGGGACGCACAAACGGCGGGACCAAGUGUUCGCGGCAGCGGACAAGAAACUAGAUGAUUUGAGCUUCUUCCACAACGCAAAAGAUACGGAACUCAAGGUCAAAGACGACCAUGAGGCAACGAAGCAGGAAAGAGAUGUAAGUGAGCGUUGCGGUGGUCAAAAGAUGUUCGUCGGCCUGUGGAGUGUGCAGCGGGCAGAUGUGUUGGUACGCCGCGGCGUCGUUUUCAAGCGGGCAUGGGUCCAGGUGCGUUGA